AUGAUAAAAGCUAGCGGGGGCGCGGGCCUGGGCGACGGGCUGGGGCGGGCGCCUGGGCGACGGGCUGGGGCGGGCGCCUGGGCGACGGGCUGGGGCGGGCGCCUGAGCGACGGGCUGGGGCGGGCGCCUGGGCGACGGGCUGGGGCGGGCGCCUGGGCGACGGGCUGGGGCGGGCGCCUGGGCGACGGGCUGGGGCGGGCGCCUGGGCGACGGGCUGGGGCGGGCGCCUGGGCGACGGGCUGGGGCGGGCGCCUGGGCGACGGGCUGGGGCGGGCGCCUGGGCGACGGGCUGAGGCGGGCGCCUGGGCGACGGGCUGGGGCGGGCGCCUGGGCGACGGGCUGGGGCGGGCGCCUGGGCGACGGGCUGGGGCGGGCGCAUGGGCGACGGGCUGGGGCGGGCGCCUGGGCGACGGGCUGGGGCGGGCGCCUGGGUGA